AUGUUAUUAAUUCAGAUAUCAAUAAAAACAAAAAACAUCAAAAAAAUCAUUUUGCAUAAUAAUCAAAUAGUACAUACUAGCAUGGCGUUAUUUGUACGUGAAUUAGGAAUGAUGAGUACAACAAUAUUAUGUGCGGUACUAGUUAUAAUCUUAGGUUAUAGUAAAGUGUGUCCUUUAGUAGAGUGUCGACGAUUGGGGCAAGACGAAGCCUCCUCUCAAGAUAAACAUGAGCAAUGGAUGAGUGUUCAUGGACGUACUUAUAUAGAUGAUGUGGAGAAGGAGAAGCGCAGUAACAUAUUCGCUGACAAUGCAGCCUACGUAGAGAAGUUUAAUAGCCAAGAAAAUAGAAGUUUCACGCUGAAAACUAAUUCCUAUGCCGAUUUGACAGACAAUGAAUUUAUGAACGCUCAUACUGGAGGAAAAUAUAGGAGGUCUAAUAGGUCAAGUUCAUCUCAGUUUGAUUCAUCUUUUAUCUCCGAUUCUAUAACUAAUGUUCCUUCUAGCAUCGAUUGGAGGCAAAAAGGAGCUGUUAGUCCCAUAAGAGAACAACUCCAAUGUGGAUCUUGUUGGGCAUUCGCAUCAGCGGAAGCUGUUGAGAGCCUAACAAAGAUUCGAACAGGGAAGGCGUAUAUACUCUCAGUACAACAACUAUUGGAUUGCGCCACACAAAAUCCAAACUCUCGUGGCUGCGGCGGUGGUAACCCGGAGGAUGCUUUUGACUACUUGAUAAGCAACGGAGGCAUAACAACUGAAUCUAACUACCCAUAUAAAGCAAAAGACGGAAGUUGCGAUCGAAAAAGGGCAUCCCAAAUCGCAGCUCGAAUUAGUGACUACAAGUAUGUGCCAGAGAAUAACGAGAAUGCAUUGCUUCAGGCGGUGGCCAAACAACCGGUGACGGCUUUCGUGAAUUCUGAGGGGAAAGAGUUUCGUUUAUACUCAAGUGGGGUCUUCACCGGAAGCUGUGGGACAACAUUGGACCAUGUUGUGUUGAUCGUUGGGUAUGGUCAAGCUGAAGAUGGGACCAAAUAUUGGGUGAUUAAAAAUUCAUGGGGAGAACAAUGGGGUGAGAAAGGUUACAUGAGAAUUCAGAGAAAUUCUGGUCCUGCACAAGGAAAAUGUGGUAUUGCCAUGUCUGCUUCAUAUCCAAUUGCCUAAUUAAUAUUUUAAUAAGAUCAAUGUUCUAUAUUGCAAUGGUUAUUGUUUUUAUGCAAUUUGGAAGUAUGAUCUUGUGUGAUUAUGAUUCUCUUCUUACCUUCAACUUAUAUCUAAUCAAUAAUUAUGUUAAUAUUAAUGGUGAGCACUGUCACAUUUGGUUAUUUACUAUAUUCUUCUUUAAAUAUCUUAAC